CGUGGGGAGGGAGCGGGGUUGAGUCAAGAUGGCGGCCAAGGUGGCGAAGCAGCAGCAGCAGCCGCUGUGGCGGCGGCGGUGACUGGAGUGAUCGCUCAGCUCACCGCGUUAAAGGAGGUCCCGAGGUAGGGACCCGUGUCGGGGUUGCGUCCAGCUCCUCAGAACCAGGGGCGCGCCGGUUACCACACUCCUACAGCUCCGGGUGGUUUCCUAGAAACAUGAUUGUUUGUUGGACUUGAUCUCACAGCCUGGUGAGGACUUCUUUACUGAUAAUGUCAAGUUCAGGUUAUCCUCCCAACCAAGGAGCAUUCAGCACAGAACAAAGUCGUUAUCCUUCCCACUCUGUUCAGUACACCUUUCCCAGCACCCGGCACCAGCAGGAAUUUGCAGUCCCUGAUUAUCGUUCUUCUCAUCUUGAAGUUAGUCAAGCAUCGCAGCUCUUGCAGCAACAGCAGCAACAACAGCUCCGCAGACGACCUUCCUUGCUUUCAGAAUUUCACCCAGGAUCUGACAGGCCUCAAGAAAGGAGACCUGGAUAUGAACAGUUUCACCCAGGCCCGUCCCCAGUGGAUCAUGAUUCACUGGAAUCCAAGCGACCACGUUUGGAGCAGGUUUCUGAUUCCCAUUUCCAGCGUGUCAGUGCUGCAGUCUUACCUUUAGUGCACAUGCUGCCAGAAGGGUUGAGGUCUUCUGCAGAUGCUAAGAAGGAUCCAGCGUUUGGAGGCAAACAUGAAGCUCCAUCCUCUCCAGUCUCUGGGCAACCAUGUGGAGAUGAUCAAAAUGCUUCACCUUCAAAACUUUCAAAGGAAGAGUUAAUACAGAGUAUGGAUCGUGUAGAUCGAGAAAUUGCGAAAGUAGAGCAGCAGAUCCUUAAACUGAAAAAGAAGCAACAACAGCUUGAAGAAGAAGCAGCUAAACCUCCUGAGCCUGAGAAGCCUGUGUCUCCUCCUCCUGUGGAACAGAAACACCGCAGUAUUGUCCAAAUUAUUUAUGAUGAGAAUCGGAAAAAAGCAGAAGAAGCUCACAAAAUAUUUGAAGGUCUUGGCCCAAAAGUUGAACUGCCACUUUAUAACCAGCCAUCAGACACCAAGGUGUACCAUGAGAACAUCAAGACAAACCAGGUGAUGAGGAAAAAACUCAUUUUAUUUUUUAAAAGAAGAAAUCAUGCAAGAAAACAAAGGGAACAAAAAAUCUGCCAACGUUAUGAUCAGCUAAUGGAGGCAUGGGAGAAAAAAGUGGACAGAAUAGAAAAUAAUCCUCGGAGGAAAGCUAAAGAAAGCAAAACAAGAGAGUACUAUGAAAAGCAGUUUCCGGAAAUUCGAAAACAAAGAGAACAGCAAGAAAGAUUUCAGCGAGUUGGGCAGAGGGGAGCUGGUCUUUCAGCCACUAUUGCUAGAAGUGAGCAUGAAAUUUCUGAGAUUAUUGAUGGGCUCUCUGAGCAGGAGAAUAAUGAAAAGCAAAUGCGGCAGCUCUCUGUGAUCCCACCUAUGAUGUUUGAUGCAGAACAAAGACGGGUCAAGUUCAUUAACAUGAAUGGGCUUAUGGAGGAUCCCAUGAAGGUUUAUAAAGAUAGGCAGUUUAUGAAUGUUUGGACUGACCAUGAGAAGGAGAUCUUUAAGGACAAGUUUAUCCAGCAUCCAAAAAACUUUGGACUAAUUGCAUCCUACUUGGAAAGGAAGAGUGUUCCCGAUUGUGUUUUAUAUUACUACUUAACCAAGAAAAAUGAGAAUUAUAAAGCCCUAGUAAGAAGGAAUUAUGGAAAACGCCGAGGAAGAAACCAGCAGAUUGCCCGACCAUCACAAGAAGAAAAAGUAGAAGAAAAAGAAGAAGAUAAAGCAGAAAAAACAGAAAAAAAAGAAGAGGACAAAAAAGAUGAAGAAGAAAAAGAUGAAAAGGAGGACUCUAAAGAAAAUACCAAGGAAAAGGACAAGACAGAAGGUACAGCAGAAGAAACUGAGGAAAGAGAGCAGGCUAUACCACGGGGGCGAAAGACUGCCAAUAGUCAAGGCCGCCGAAAGGGCCGCAUCACCAGGUCCAUGACAAAUGAAGCUGCUGCUGCCAGUGCUGCAGCUGCAGCAGCCACAGAGGAACCUCCUCCACCUCUGCCACCGCCACCAGAACCCAUUUCUACAGAGCCUGUAGAAACCUCUCGAUGGACAGAAGAAGAAAUGGAAGUUGCUAAGAAAGGUCUAGUAGAACAUGGUCGUAACUGGGCAGCAAUUGCCAAAAUGGUGGGAACUAAAAGUGAAGCUCAGUGUAAAAACUUCUAUUUUAACUAUAAAAGGAGACACAAUCUUGACAAUCUUUUGCAGCAGCAUAAACAGAAAACUUCACGAAAACCUCGUGAAGAGCGAGAUGUGUCUCAAUGUGAAAGUGUAGCCUCCACUGUUUCUGCUCAGGAAGAUGAAGAUAUUGAAGCCUCCAAUGAAGAAGAAAAUCCAGAAGACAGUGAAGGUGCUGAAAAUAGUUCUGAUACAGAAAGUGCUCCUUCUCCUUCACCAGUUGAAGCUGUGAAGCCCAGCGAAGAAAGCAGUGAAAAUUUGACUUCUCGAGGAAACACUGAUGCUGUGGCUGAGCAUGAGAGUACCACUGAAACUGUUCCCAGUGCAUCUCCCUCCUCUUCAGUGCCAAGUACAAAACCAGCUGAAAAUAGAAGUUUGGAGACCCAGGUGAAUAGCAGCAUCACUGUUGAGACAGCAGAACCAAUGGAUAUCGAACAUCAGGAACCAAGUGCUGAAGUGACUUCUGUUCUUGAUCUCCCUACAACUACCAAAGCAGCCUCUGUAGAUGUUGAAAUGGGGGUGCCAGAAAACAAUCCAUCUCAAGGUGAAGGUGAUACCAAAGAAAGAGAUGUGGAGAGAGCCAGUGAGAACACAGAGCCUCGAGAUGAAGAUUUGGUAGUUGCUCAGCAGAUAAGUGUCCAGAGGCCUGAUCCCCAGUCAGACAAUGAUUCCAGUGCCACCUGCAGUGCUGAUGAAGAUGUGGAUGGAGAGCCAGAGAGACAGAGAAUGUUUCCUAUGGACUCAAAGCCUUCAAUGCUAAACCCCGCUGGAUCUAUACUGGUGUCAUCCCAAAUGAAACCAAAUCCACUGGAUCUGCCACAGCUUCAGCAUCGAGCUGCUGUUAUCCCACCAAUGGUUUCCUGUACCCCAUGUACUAUACCAAUUGGAACCCCAGUGAGCGGCUAUGCCCUCUACCAGCGGCACAUUAAAGCAAUGCAUGAAUCGGCACUCCUGGAAGAACAGCAGCAGAGGCAAGAACAGAUAGAUUUGGAAUGUAGAAGUUCUCCAGGUCCAUGUAGCACCUCCAAAAGUCCAAACAGAGAGUGGGAAGCCCUCCAGCCUGCUCCACAUCAAGUGAUAACUAACCUCCCUGAAGGGGUUCGGCUUCCAACAACUCGACCCACUAGGCCACCUCCUCCUCUCAUCCCGUCAUCCAAAACCACAGUAGCUUCAGAAAAACCAUCUUUUAUACUGGGAGGCUCUAUCUCACAGGGAACACCUGGCACUUAUUUGACUUCUCAUAAUCAGGCUUCCUACAAUCAAGAAGCAGCUAAGCCCUCAGUGGGCUCUAUCUCUCUUGGACUACCACGGCAACAGGAAUCUGCCAAGUCAGCUACUGUGCCCUACAUCAAGCAGGAAGAAUUUUCUCCCCGAAGCCAAAAUUCACAACCUGAGGGUUUAUUGGUCAGGGCACAACAUGAAGGAGUGGUCAGAGGUACCACAGGAACCACUCAAGAAGGAAGUAUAACUCGCGGAACUCCAACCAGCAAAAUUUCCAUGGAAAGUAUCCCAUCCCUACGGGGCUCAAUCACUCAGGGUACCCCGGCUCUGUCCCAGGCUGGCAUACCAGCUGAGGCUUUGGUGAAGGGACCCAUUUCUAGAAUACCCAUUGAAGAGAGCAGUCCUGAGAAAGGCAGAGAAGAGGCUGCAUCCAAAGGCCAUGUUAUUUAUGAAGGCAAAAGUGGACACAUUUUAUCUUAUGAUAAUAUUAAAAAUGUCCGAGAAGGGACAAGGAGUCCAAGAACAGCUCAUGAAAUCAGUUUAAAAAGAAGCUAUGAGUCAGUGGAAGGAAGUAUAAAACAAGGAUUGCCAAUGAGGGAGUCUCCUGUAUCAGCACCGUUAGAGGGGCUGAUAUGCCGAGCAUUACCCAGGGGAAGUCCUCAUUCUGACCUAAAAGAAAGGACUGUGCUGUCUGGUUCCAUAAUGCAGGGCACACCAAGAGCAACAACUGAAAGCUUUGAAGAUGGAAUUAAAUAUCCCAAACAGAUUAAGAGGGAGAGUCCUCCCAUACGAGCAUUCGAAGGUGCCAUUACCAAAGGAAAACCAUAUGAUGGCAUUACCACCAUCAAAGAAAUGGGGCGCUCCAUUCAUGAGAUUCCACGACAAGACAUUUUAACUCAGGAAAGUCGGAAAACCCCAGAAGUGGUCCAGAGCACAAGGCCCAUAAUUGAGGGUUCCAUCUCCCAGGGUACACCAAUAAAGUUUGACAGCAGCUCAGGUCAAUCUGCCAUCAAACACAAUGUCAGAUCCUUAAUCACAGGACCUAGCAAACUAGCCCGUGGAAUGCCUCCACUGGAAAUUGUACCAGAGAACAUAAAAGUGAUAGAACGGGGAAAAUAUGAGGAUGUGAAAGCAGGCGAGCCAGUGCGUUCCCGCCAUACAUCGGUGGUAAGCUCUGGUCCCUCAGUUCUUAGGUCAACUCUUCAUGAAACUCCCAAAGCACAGCUGAGCCCUGGGAUUUAUGAUGACACCAAUGCACGGCGGACACCUGUGAGUUAUCAAAAUACCAUGUCCAGAGGCUCGCCCAUGAUGAACAGGACUUCCGAUGUUACAAUUUCUUCUAGCAAAUCUAUCAAUCAUGAAAGAAAAUCAACAUUGACUCCUACCCAGAGGGAAAGCAUACCAGCCAAGUCUCCAGUCCCUGGGGUAGACCCUGUAGUGAGCCACAGCCCUUUUGACUCCCAUCACCGAGGCAGUACCACAGGCGAGGUUUACCGGAGCCACCUUCCUGCGCACCUGGACCCGGCCAUGCCAUUUCACAGGGCUCUGGAUCCUGCAGCUGCCGCUUACCUGUUUCAGAGACAGCUUUCACCAACACCAGGUUACCCAAGUCAAUAUCAGCUUUAUGCAAUGGAGAACACCAGACAGACAAUCCUAAAUGAUUACAUUACCUCACAGCAGAUGCAAGUGAACUUGCGCCCAGAUGUGGCCAGAGGACUUUCCCCACGAGAGCAACAGCUGGGUCUCCCGUACCCAGCAACAAGGGGAAUCAUUGAUCUGACCAAUAUGCCUCCAGCAAUUUUAGUGCCUCAUCCAGGGGGAACGAGUACUCCUCCCAUGGAAAGAAUCACUUACAUCCCUGGCACACAGAUUACUUUUCCUCCCAGGCCAUACAACUCUGCUUCCAUGUCUCCAGGACACUCAUCACACCUUGCAGCAGCUGCGAGUGCUGAAAGAGAACGGGAGCGAGAGAGAGAGCGGGAGAAGGAGCGGGAGCGGAUUGCUGCAGCCUCCUCAGACCUCUACCUUCGGCCUGGCUCAGAACAGCCUGGCCGGCCUGGCAGUCAUGGAUACGUUCGCUCCCCGUCCCCUUCCAUCAGAGCUCAGGAGACCAUGCUGCAGCAGAGACCCAGCGUCUUCCAGGGACCCAAUGGAACCAGUGUCAUUACCCCUUUGGAUCCUAGUGCUCAGCUACGAAUCAUGCCACUUCCUGCUGGGGGUCCUUCAAUAAGCCAAGGCCUGCCAGCCUCCCGUUACAACACAGCUGCAGAUGCCCUGGCUGCUCUCGUGGAUGCUGCAGCUUCUGCCCCCCAGAUGGAUGUUUCCAAAACAAAAGAGAAUCUUCCUCACCGGUAUGAAACAUCUAGUGAUGCUAUUGAGGUCAUAAGCCCUGCCAGUUCACCUGCACGCCCCAUGAGAAAACUACAGCCCUUUCAACCAGAGGUUGUUAAGGCAAUCAAGCAGAAAGAAGCUGAAGCCACCAGACAGUAUGAAGGACCAUCGCAUCACUAUCGACCACAGCAAGAGUCACCGUCUCCACAGCAGCAGCCCCCUUCUUCACAGGCCGAGGGGGUGGGGCAAGUGCCCAGGACGCAUCGACUGAUCACACUUGCUGAUCACAUCCUGUCAAUUAUCACACAAGAUUUUGCUAGGAAUCAAGUUUCUUCCCAGCCUCCCCAGCAGCCUCCCACUUCAACAUUCCAAAAUUCACCAUCUGCUACGCCUGUGAGGACUAAAACAUCAAAUCACUAGCCAGAAUCCCAGUCUCAGUCUGUCCAUCAUCAGACCAGGUCAAGGGUCUCUCCAGAAAAUCUUACGGACAAAAUCCAGGGAAGGCCUGGAAAGUCCCCAGAGAGAAGUCAUGUCUCUUCAGAGCCCUACGAACCCAUCUCCCCACCCCAGGUUCCAGUUGUGCAUGAGAAACAGGAUAGCCUGCUGCUAUUGUCUCAGAGAGGAGCAGAGCCUGCAGAGCAGAGGAGUGAUUCACGCUCACCAGGGAGUAUAAGCUACUUGCCUUCGUUCUUCACCAAGCUUGAAAACACGUCACCCAUGGUUAAAUCAAAGAAGCAGGAGAUUUUUCGUAAGUUGAACUCCUCUGGUGGAGGUGACUCUGAUAUGGCAGCUGCUCAACCAGGAACUGAGAUAUUUAAUCUGCCAGCAGUCACUACCUCAGGCUCAGUUAGCACUAGAGGUCAUUCUUUUGCUGAUCCUGCCAGUAACCUUGGUCUAGAAGACAUUAUCAGGAAGGCUCUCAUGGGAAGCUUUGAUGACAAGGUGGAGGACCACGGCAUUGUCAUGUCCCAGACUGUGGGAGUAGUGCCUGGUGGCGCCAACACUUCCGUCAUGACCAGUGGUGAAACUCGGAGAGAAGAGGAGGACCCGUCACCUCACUCAGGAGGAGUGUGCAAACCAAAGCUGAUCAGCAAGUCAAACAGCAGGAAAUCUAAAUCUCCUAUCCCUGGGCAAGGCUACCUGGGAACUGAGCGACCCUCUUCAGUCUCCUCUGUGCAUUCCGAAGGAGAUUACCACAGGCAGACACCAGGAUGGGCCUGGGAAGACAGGCCCUCCUCAACAGGCUCAACUCAGUUCCCUUAUAACCCUCUGACCAUGCGGAUGCUCAGCAGCACACCACCGACAUCGAUUGCAUGCGCCUCCUCUUCUAUGAACCCAGCAGCUCCUCACCAACAGAACAGGAUCUGGGAGCGAGAGCCAGCCCCACUGCUCUCUGCACAGUAUGAGACACUGUCAGAUAGUGAUGACUGAACUGCGCAGAAAGGGGGUCUUGGUGGGGCCAGGGUAUGGGGGAGGGCUCUAGUUUCUGCUGGUUUUAUUUUUAAUAGCAGGUCAAAAACCUGCCUUCCCAUGACUUAUGCCCAGAGACUUUUCAGGAGAGCCUGGACCAUGGAUUGAUGAAAUGAUGGAAAUGCAGAGAGAAAUGAAGAAAAACUGCUUUUGAUACAGGGAGUUCAGUGGAUUGUAAUAGUAGAAGGCCGAAUUUUUUAAAAGUGGACAAUUCUUGUUCUUACAUCUGUAAAGAAAACCAUAAUGUCUUUAAAUCACUCUUCUGUAAAUAGAUUAUCUUUUGCAGUGGUUCCCCUUGCUGUAGUAUCUGGUGUACUUAUGUUCAAGUCAGCAUCAACUUUGGGGGUAAUUUUUAAAAAUCUUUUUAACUCUUGCCUUCGAAACAACCUCAAACAGACCAGUUACAUAAUUUUGGCUGUCACGGGCAUUGUACUUUUAUUCUAUUUUGUUUCCUCUAAAUUCAGGUUCCCAGGUAUUAUGUAAAAUCUUGUGGAAAUGUUAAGAUUUUUAGCCAGACCCUGUCAUAAAAGCUGUAUAUUGACAUGUUAUGGUCAAAAGGUAGAAGAAACAAAAUUCUACCAUAUUGUAAAUUUCCAGUGCAGGCUUAAAUUUUUUUUAAUUAGCAGCACUUAAUAACUAUUACUGCAUGGGUAUGUUAUAGUUCAGUUUUUUAAGUUUUAAAGGCUUUUUUGAGGCAUACCUCACUAUUAUACACACUGGUAACUUAACCAUGCCCCUAAGUAUUCUUUUUAUCCUGCAUUUGAUGCAGCACAACAAAGCUUUUGCUUUGAAAUGAAUUUGACUACCCUGUCCAUGGGUAUAGUAGAUUGUGAUUUAAGGCUCUUGCUGUCUCAGGUCUCAAAGGAAAAACUUAUACUUUUAUUUAGUUUUGUUUAUAUAUUAUUGGCUGAGUUAGAAGAUAAUGAUUUGUAUAGAGCCUCAGUCACUUACAGUCACUUUGUGCUGCACAUCCUGAACCUUCCGGGUCCGUUCCCCUUCUCUAUGUGCCAGUGCUUCCUCUCACUUUGAUUCCUUGUUGGCAAGAGUUCGUUGUUGAAUGUUUUCAUUUCACUGAAUCUCAAGGAGCAAAUAAUGUAAGACUGAAUUUUAAACUGAUUAUGGUACUAGAAGGUCGAUUUUAUUAAUUACUGCUUUUAGAAUUUUUAGAUUUUUUUCCCCACGUAACUUAGCAUUGAAGCUUCCUGCUGUAGCAUAUAGAUGUUAAACGGUUUUGGGAGAAUGCCACUGAUUUAGAGCGGGGAGAAAUAGAGAUCUCUCAGGAAGGUAAAAAUCAGCACUUUACAGACUUCUAAAUAGACCUAAACUUUUUAACAAGAGCACUCAAGCCUCUAAAGAAAACAGAUCUAUGGUGACCACUGAUUGCCUUCUUUGUGAUGAAGUGUCUUGUGUGUGUGAUCGCAACCUUCACAUAGCCCAGUAGCACUGGUGUCCAGUCCCCAUUUUACAGAUAAGGGCACAGGUUCAGCACUUUGCCCAUGAAGUUAAAUAAGCGACAAAGAUAGGCCAUAAAUUUGUUUGCCUGAAGUUAAAGCCUUCGCUCCUGUUACUGUUCCACUCUCGUAUACUUGAUGUCCUCAAAAUAAAAUUCAGAUCGGAUUUUAGCAAUCAGAUUCCUACUACUUGGAAAGUUGGAAUCACUUUAUUAUAAAUAUAUAUCGUAUACAUUUUAAUGAGAAUGAAACAACAAUAACAAUGUUCUUCGUAAGUGUUCUGCUGAAAUUUUUUAGGUGCUGACAUCAUUAAUAAUUUAUAUUAUCAACUGACCUAGAAGAGAUUAUGAUGGUAUUUUUUUUUAUGACCCUGAGGGUCUUAACCUCUUCCAAAUCAGAAUCGUUUUUGGGAACAUGUCAAAUCAGAGCCUAACCUGAUAACUUUUGCAGUUACACUUGAAGGCCCCAAAGUGGGUAGCUUGUUAAUCCCUCACCCAAACCUUAUCACAAUGCAUGUGUUACUUCAUCUACCGUCACCUCACCUAGA